CCCCGCGUCCCGCGCCGCCGCCAUGGGCGCCUGCCUGGGCGCCUGCUCGCUGCUCAGCUGCGCCUCCUGCCUCUGCGGCUCUGCCCCCUGCAUCCUGUGCAGCUGCUGCCCCUCCAGCCGCAACUCCACUGUGAGCCGCCUCCUGUUCACCGGCUUCCUCUUCCUGGGCGUGCUGGUCUCCAUCAUCAUGCUGAGCCCGGGGGUGGAGAGUCAGCUGUACAAGCUCCCCUGGGUGUGCGAGGAUGGGGCCCAGACCCCCCUUGUUCUGCAGGGCCCCCUGGACUGCGGCUCCCUGCUGGGCUUCCGCGCAGUCUACCGCAUGUGCUUCGCCACCGCAGCCUUCUUCUUCCUUUUCGCCUUGCUCAUGGUGUGCGUGCGCAGCAGCCGGGACCCCCGGGCCGCCAUCCAGAAUGGGUUUUGGUUCUUUAAGUUCCUGGUCCUCGUGGGCAUCGCCGUGGGUGCCUUCUACAUACCAGAUGGCUCCUUCUCGAAGAUCUGGUUCUACUUUGGCGUUGUGGGCUCCUUCCUCUUCAUCCUCAUCCAGCUCAUCCUGUUGGUCGACUUUGCCCACUCCUGGAACCAGCGGUGGCUGGGCAAGGCCGAGGAGUGCGACUCCCGUGGCUGGUACGCAGGCCUCUUCUUCUUCACCUUCCUCUUCUAUGCACUCUCUGUCGCGGCCAUUGCCCUAAUGUUCAUCUACUACACGAAGCCGGGAACCUGCCAUGAGGGCAAGAUCUUUGUCAGCCUCAACCUCACCUUCUGCGUCUGUGCCUCCAUCAUCGCUGUACUGCCCAAGGUCCAGGAGGCCCAGCCCAACUCAGGUCUGCUGCAGGCCUCCGUUGUCACCCUGUACACUACGUUUGUCACCUGGUCAGCCCUGUCCAACGUCCCUGACCAGAAGUGCAACCCUCACCUGCCGGCCCCCCAGAGCAACAAUUCGCUCCCCGAAGGCCCUGCGUACUACGAGACCCAAUGGUGGGACGCCCCGAGCAUCGUGGGCCUGGUCAUCUUCACCCUGUGCACGCUGUUCAUCGGCCUGCGCUCGUCCGACCACCGGCAGGUGAACAGCCUGAUGCAGACAGAGGAGUGUCCGGAGGCCACACAGCAGCAGCAGCAGCAGGUGGUGGCCUGCAAGGGCCAAGCCUUUGACAAUGAGCAGGAUGGUGUCACCUACAGCUACUCCUUCUUCCACUUCUGCCUGGUGCUGGCCUCCCUGCACGUCAUGAUGACGCUCACCAACUGGUACAGCCCCAGUGAGACUCGAAAGAUGAUCAGCACAUGGACGGCCGUGUGGGUGAAGAUCUGUGCCAGCUGGGCAGGGCUGUGCCUCUACCUGUGGACUCUGGUGGCCCCGCUGCUCCUGCCCAACCGAGACUUCAGCUGAGCAGUACCCUGCGCCUCCCGCACAGCGGCCACCAGCCCACCCCCCUCCCCAGGUCAGCCAAGCUGAGCCCCCGUCCUCAUCCAAGAAGAGCCCGGAGCUGGGCACCUUCAUUCUUAGUGCCUUAGGGUGUCAGCAGCAGCUCAUACCAGAGCCCCAACCUCUGCCACCCCCCAACCACAAGCUGCCUCUUCCUUCCCUGCCUCUGAUCACCCACACAAGAGCCCCCUUAUCUCAGUGUCCUGAGUAGGGACCAAAGAGAUAACUGGUCAGAGCUACUCAGAGGACAGCAACCAUAUACAAGGGUCCCUGGCACUGAGGCAGGGCCUUUGUGGCUCUGGCCCCUUCCUGGACCAUGUGCCUUACUGACUCUCUAAGACUCUGCCCAAUAGACAAACCUGUCUG